AAUUACAGGUUGGAAACCAGAAUAUUUCAAAGGGGAGGUGAAAAGGUUGGAGCAGAGUGACUGCUACAUAAUGAAGUGUCCAGUGAUCGCGUCCAGGCUGGGCCAAGAGAGUGUCCACUGCUGGUCCACAUUCAUUCAGCUAAUGGGCUCAGAGGCCUGGGGUGUCAUCCCAGCCAGAGAUGGAGGUCUUGUUCACAUCCCAAAGCAGAGACUGGAUCUGGUCAGAAGAGGUUCCUACUUGGAGGAAAGCCUGAGCCUAAAAUCCGAGUCCACCUGUUCCUUAACCUUCACAGUGACCGAAAACAGGGACUUUGCGUUGGUCGGCGUCCUGGCGGCUGGGGCACUCCAGGUCCAGCAAUGCCAGGAGGCCCAAGGAGCUCUGGGGACGCAGGCUUUCUAUAGGGUGGUUCUGAGCCUGGGGUUUGCUGAGAUGGCCGCCCCCAUCCUCUGGACGGUGGAGAGCUCCUUCCACUGUGUGGGUGAGAGUCACGAGCCCCCGGAAACAUCCUCCAGGAUGGAAGCUGGGGGGCUACCCAGGGAGGGGCGAGGGCACCUGGACCUCUCAUUCCCAGAACCAAGUCAGGACCUGGAGGGGACGCACCCUCCUUCUGGGGAUGGAUGCCACAGCACUGCCCCGGUGGUGAAUACUUUCGAGAGCCUGCGGGCUCCCAUGGACAUUUCCUCACCCAGCCUGGCCGAGCCUAGAGACCCUUUCACUGCUGGCCAGGGUAGCCCCCGGCAGGAGCCAGCAGAGCCCACAUUGGCAACCAGCCCGGAGAGGCACAGGCCUCCUGAGCUUCAGAACAUCGCGGAGGGGCUUCUGAGAGACCCCCUUGCUGGGUUAGAUGUGUGA